GUAGGGGGUGAGUGCUGGCGUGGUGCGGAUGGCAAUUGAAGCCAGGUUGUCGCCAUAUUUUCUGAAGGCAUCUUCCGGGUCCUUAACCCGGGUGUCUGUCCAAGCGGCCAAGAAGUGAAUAAACAACCAAGGAGUUUUAUUUGUCCCCCUCAGAACCCCCGAAUCCCCAGCAGCCAGCCCUGCUACUUCGCUCCCCAGUCCCGGCUGCGUUCCGACGCCGAGGCUGGGCGGGGCCCGGGCCCCCGCAGUCCUUCCUGUGGACGACGAAAUCGGAGACCCGGGAGCCGAGAGGCGGCGGCCCCGGGCACGAGGCGGCCGCCGCUCGGCCCCAUGGCGCCGCCCCCAGCCCCGCUCCUGGCGCUGAGACCCGGGGAGACCCGGCCCUGUUGCGGGAAGCCUGGGGCCGUGCGGUUCGCGGACGUGGCCGUGUACUUCUCCUCGGAGGAGUGGGGGUGUCUGCGGCCCGCGCAGAGGGCCCUGUACCGGGACGUGAUGCGGGAGAACUACGGCCACCUGGGCGCGCUCGGAUUCCCGGGCCCCAAACCAGCCCUCAUCUCUUGGAUGGAACGGGAGAGUGAGGCUUGGAGCCCCGCCGCCCAGGACCCCGACGAGGGGCAGAGCCCGGGAGGGGCUCUGAGAGGACAAGUCCCCAACAAGAAGGAGGAGGAGGAGGAACCCCAGGAAGCAGCGGGGGUCAAGGGACCUGCAAACGCGCCUGAGGAGUUGGUUACCCACAGUCCCGACCCUCCCAUCAGCAAGGCCUCAGCGAGAGCAGAGCCGCCACCAGCCAAGGUUGCCUGGGACCGGACGGCAGGUGCACAGCCGCCGGCGCCCGGCGCGGACGCUCAGGCCAGCCAGCGGCGCCACGUGUGUGCGGACUGUGGCCGCCGUUUCACCUACCCCUCGCUGCUGGUCAGCCACCGGCGCAUGCACUCGGGCGAGCGGCCCUUCCCCUGCCCCGAGUGCGGCACGCGCUUCAAGAGGAAGUUCGCGGUGGAGGCGCACCAGUGGAUCCACCGCUCCUGCUCCGGGGGGCGGCGGGGCCGGAGGCCGGGGAUCCGCGCGGUGCCCCGCGCCCCGGUGCGAGGGGACCGGGACCCGCCUGUGCUCUUCAGACACUACCCGGACAUCUUUGAGGAGUGCGGGUGAGCCGCUACCCCAGGGUGGGGUUGAACCUGACCGUGGGCACGAAGGACUGGCCUGAGCCCGGGACGCUGGCUCCUGAGCCAGGGACUUGGGAACUGAAAUGCAUCCCCUUGAGCUUCCCUCAAGGAUCCCUCAAGUUUCCGAACCUGUGAAACAGAAAAGUGCCUGUAAAGAUGCAGCUAGAUGAAGCCUGACACCCAGUCUUUUG